UCCACAGAGAGCAACGUUAGCGGAAAACGAAGUCCACACACUAAAGGAACAGCUCGAUUCGAUCAAGUGUCAGAAGGGCGUUAAGGAGAGCAACAAUAACAAUAAUAACAACAACAACAACAUCAAUAGCACAAACUCCAACCAUAACAUAAACAAAGGCACAAACACAGAAUGCAACAAUGACGUUGUGGACUCCUCAGAAGGGAGCACAGAGAGGACGGGGAGGAGCACACCUGUCGAGGAUAUUAUUCAGUCCAAAGAGAAAGAGGUUCGAGGAGCCGCAUCCUCAAGUUCGGCGUCGGCUCUAUCGCUAAUGGAAGCUGCGGAAGUGUCCAAGCUCGUGGAGGAUAUCUCCCGGCUCCAAGCCGCUCUCUCCGGCGUGAAGGAAGCCACAGCUGCCCAGAUGCACGCUAUGGAAGAACAGUUGGAGGAGAAGAACAGACUCAUUCAGCGCCUGGAACUCAAGCUUCAGGACUCCAGCCUAGAUGAAGCCAAGAGAGAUCUACAGAGCAUAAGAGAAGGUCGUAUGGUGCCCGAAGGCCUCAGUCUACCACCCAGGUCCUUGGAGAGUCUGCUGGUGGACAGGUCGAAGUCCGAACACGAUAAAAUUCCCACCUCGGAGUUCGGUAAGCAGUUUCACGAUGUCUAUGGUCCUCUUCCACCCAUGAGCCACUCGCAUCUCCACCCACCUCUUAGGCCACACCUGCCGCCUCCGCUGGCACCUCCGCCCAUGGCAUCCCCUCUCCAGCCUCUAGCUCCUCACCCUCCGCCGGGCACGCCGCUCCACCACCUCCUGGGCGAAGAGUGGCGGAGGUCGCUCGAAAGGUCAGCGCUAGAUCGCCAUCACCUAAACUCAGGUCAAAUGUCGCCCGACAGCGGCGGGGGGCCCGUCGAGCGGUCCGACUCGAGGGAAUCGCCCAUCGGCGACGUAAGCAUGAAGAGUCCGAGCUCGAUGGCCAACGGCUUCCCCCACGAGACGAAGAGCCCCUUCCAGCCCAGGGACGACCGGUCACCCUUCAAGGACGAGAUGCCCUCAAUGGCCUUCAAGUUCGAGGACCGGAUCACUGGAGAAUCACUCAUUCCGAAGGGAGAUCCCAUGGAAGCUAGGCUUCAGGAAAUUCUAAGGUUCAACAUGGAGAAGUUCUGUCAACAAAGCCUGGACACGCUGUGCCUGGCCAGGCGAGUGCGCGAACUCCUCUCCAUUCACAACAUCGGACAGCGACUCUUCGCAAAAUAUAUCCUGGGGCUCUCGCAGGGCACCGUCUCGGAGCUCCUGUCCAAGCCAAAGAGUUGGGACAAACUGACGGAGAAAGGCCGCGACUCUUACCGCAAGAUGCACGCUUGGGCCACCGACGACAACGCCGUCUACCUCCUCAAGUCUCUCAUCCCCAAGAAAGCGUGCCGUAGGAAACCUGAAACAGGCCUGACGCUUAAUGGUCUCCUGACAGGUACGCACAAGGACUCCAGCGGAGCUUUCCGGGGCCCCGAUGACAGUGUGACGGAGGAGAGAAUCCAACAUAUCCUGACCGAAGCCUCCCGCGCCAUGACCUCCUCGACGGCCACCAGCCAGGCGGGCCAGCAGGACCAGGACUCUCGUAGCACGGACUCCAAGUCUCCCGCCAGCUCCACGCACUCCCCCAGUAGCCCGCUGUCCCGGGGAGAUUCACGGUCGCGGAUCCGCAAAUACGACAACGACGACAUCCCGCAAGAGAAGGUGGCAAGAAUCUACCAAGAGGAACUUGUCAAGCUCAUGUCAAGGCCUCAGGAGCCCCAGCUCCCGCUCCCGCGAGACCCCCAGUACCCGGGGAUCCUGUUUCCCUUCCUGGGUCAGUCGCUGCUCUUCAACAGAUCCCACGAGGAGGUGAAACUCGCCCUCGACGCCUACCACCAGGAGCUGAGCAAGCUUCAGGGAAAUGCUGCCGUCACAGGCAUGGGCCUCGGCGCGGUUGGCCUGGGUAUGGGCGGCGGCGGAGGCCUCGGUGUAGGCGUCGGAGGUCCAUCGCUAGGCAUGGGCGUGGGGCUCGGUGCGGGCGGCCUACACAACGGUGCCCAAGACCUGACGAUGCCCAAGCGCGAGCAGAGGAACGGGGACGAGGAGGAGGAAGGACGCAACCCGAGCGUCACCUCCCCCUUCGGACCCAGCAGAUCCAAGGCCGAGACCAAUCUCAGCUCGGCCACCACGCCUCUGAGCAACCUUGUAACUCCCAUCACCUCCAUCGCAGCGACCAGUGGGGACGACCUCAGCGUGUCGGCGUCGCCCCUUCAGCGCAUGGCGUCCAUCACCAACUCGCUCAUGACGGGGCCGCCCAUCUCCACCGGCUCUCCCCUGACUCAGAAGCCCCUGAAGGCCGUCCUGCCGCCCAUCACACAGCAGCAGUUCGACCAGUACAGCAACAUGAACACGGAAGAGAUCGUCAAGAAGGUGAAAGAGCAGCUGAGUCAGUACAGCAUCUCGCAGCGACUGUUCGGGGAAUCUGUCCUCGGGCUGUCCCAGGGCUCCGUCUCCGACCUCCUGGCUAGACCCAAACCAUGGCACAUGUUGACACAGAAGGGCCGAGAGCCUUUCAUCAGGAUGAAGAUGUUCCUUGAGGACGAGAACGCCGUGCACAAGCUGGUGGCGUCGCAGUACAAGAUUGCCCCCGAGAAGCUGAUGAGGACCGGAGGAUACACAGCCCCUCCCCUGUAUUUAGUCGGUGGUUGUCCACUACCCGGUGGGUUAGCUGCCCCAGGGUGUCUCCCAGGGGGGUUGUCCACUUCUGGCUCACCUACCCUUCCAUCAUAUACAACAGGGACCAGCAAACCACACCACAUGAAGCUUCCUGCAGACAUCCCGAAGAGCAUGGAGUCGCCUCUUCCUCCCGUGGGGAUUCCCCCGUCCCUCGGCGGCCUUCCACUUCCUUCACAUCCCAUGUCCUUUGACGCCAGGAUGCCAAUUCUAGACCCUCUAAGGAAGGCUGGGGUAGGCGGGCCGCGCGCCCCUGGACCAGCAGCUCCGUCAGUGUAUGAAAUGGCUGCCCUCACCCAGGACCUUGACACACAGGUCAUCACCACCAAGAUCAAGGAGGCUCUCCUUGCAAACAAUAUUGGCCAGAAGUUGUUUGGCGAAGCGGUCCUGGGCUUGUCUCAAGGUUCAGUGUCCGAGCUGCUCAGUAAGCCCAAGCCAUGGCACAUGCUCAGCAUCAAGGGGCGCGAACCUUUCAUUCGCAUGCAACUGUGGCUCAACGAUCCUCGAAAUCUUGAAAAACUUCAACUCCUGAAGAAUGAACGACGAGAAGCCAGCAAGCGACGACGCGCGCUGGACCCGACGGCCGAAGUAUCCCAAGACUCCCAAGAUAUAUUCCAGGCCCCUUCUCCUGGUGGAUCAUCCAAGAAGCAACGGGUUUUGUUCUCAGAAGAGCAGAAGGAGGCCCUGCGCCUGGCCUUUGCACUAGACCCCUACCCAAAUCUGGCAACCAUCGAGUUCCUGGCACAAGAACUCCAGCUCUCCACACGCACAAUCACAAAUUGGUUCCACAACCACCGAAUGCGACUCAAGCACCCGAGCAGCCCCGGUGGAGGAAGCUCACCCAACCGUGACAUUCAACAGCCACCAGCAAACCAUCCACAAGGCCAGGGACAGAGUUUCGACCCCAUUCACUUCCGCCUCCUGCUCUCUCAGCGACUGAUGGAACUGAGGAAGGAGAAGGGCCUGCCUCCAACGCUACCUGGCCUAGGCCCUGGUCUUCCUCCAGGUCUGUUCUCGCACUUCCCACACCUGGGUCAGCAGGAGCUGGGCAAUCCCCGCCUGGACUCUCUCGGCGGUGGUCUUGACCUUUCUAUGAAGGGAGAAAAUGACUAUGACGAUGCUUCACUUGUUGACGAGGAUUCCAACAUGUCCGGUGCCAUGAGUCCAAGUGGAGGAGGACGUUCUGAAGGGGAAGAUGGUGAUCGUGACGGCCGAGGAGCCCCCUCUCCCCUCCCACGGACCUCUCGACGGAAGCCCGCUGCCCCACAGUGGGUAAACCCAUCGUGGGCAUCAGGUGAGGGAGGUAAGGAGCGCGAGGUUAUUAUAAACGGCGUGUGUGUCAUGCAGACAGAUGACUAUCGUCUAAGGGAACAGGAAACAGUGCGCAUUGAACCAACUCCAGUAGAUGAAGCCAACCGCAACCGCUCUUUGAAGGAGGAACAGGAGGACGAGAACGAGGAGGAACAACAGCCAGCCUCCACACACCCACCUUCCCCGCGGCCAGACACACUGACAGAGCCAGUCACAUUGCAGGAGGAGGAAUCCUCUACCUUGCAGGAAGAGCCAACGCCCAGUCAAGAGGCUGUCAAGGAGGAGACGGACGAGGUUGAGGAGGAAGAGGCGUGAUGCUAGCAUCUGCCUAAAACGACGCUUUUGGAUUCCAGAGUUUAUCCCGUUGUUCUUAGCGUGUUAUUGUUCGUGCAUUAUACCAAAUGUUUCGUCCUAUCGGCAAGUGGCGAGCUUCGCUAGGUUGGAUGAUGAUGCCAAGGCGCUGUGUCGCCGGAGAACCACGUGGAAUCUCUUAGGCACAUUGUGGGCCUUUAAAAUCACAAUUUAGACUCUCAAGUCAUAAGUCCUACAAAAUGUCAACCUCUGUUAUUUUAUUAUGAAAUGUUCGUGUGUUUUACUUGUUAACUUGUCUAAAGAUUUGUAUAUAUUUCCCAAGUUUUUGAUCAAGCUCCCCUUAGGUUAGGUUACUUCAGGUAUUUAGAAUGCCAUAACGCUGAACUGUUCUCUGCUUGUUGCCGAUGUGACAGUGGUGGGAACUUUGCGCAGUGCUUAUCGCGCAAGGACUAUACUUGACCCCUGAUGGAAGGCGGUCUCUGAAAAUAAAAGCAAAAAAAAAAAGAUAAAUAAAACACGGACGUGAUCGAACAAGUGAAAUGGUCGAACCCCUGACCUUGCAAAGAUGUAUGCCCAUAUGAAAUAAUGAUAUUCAUGAGAUUUUUCCGGUGAACCCUUCAUUGACCAAAUAGUACAGAGUAGAACCAAAUAGUACCCCUCUUUCCCCGAGUGAGACUAGCAAGUAACCAUUAAAAAUAUUUCUAAGAACUGUGGCUUGGGUACUGAUAAAUCUCCCCGCAUGACCCAGCACACGUAUGUUCGAGACUGUUAGUUCUAGUCUUUUAUUUCUCAACUAAUUUCACUUUUUCAUUGUUCAAUCAAUAAAUAAUGUUAAAAAGAAAUGUCCAUCUAGUCCAUGGAUUCAGCAUCGGUCAUCCAAGAUUAAUGUGAUCUCUCGCAGCCCUUCAUAAUGUGUUGAAGUGAAUCUAAUCCGCUGGCUUCAGAGUGCAAAGAAAUGUGCAAAGAAAUUCCAAACGGCAACAGAAACUAGCCCCGUAUGAACCCCGAGACAAGCCAUGUUCCGGCACAUACCGUGUAGAUAGUUGGCCAAUGAAUGAUCGAUGCACACGGAGGAAAAUGUCAGCAGAAGGAUAACCUUAAACCCCAUUGGUCCAUUUCUAUACAUAUAUUCCCUGAAGAUGAUUGGCCCUAGUUAUAUAGGAGACCCACAAUUGGCUUUGUUAAGGGUUGGACACUUUUGUGCCCGGGGACUUCCGUACGGCCAGUCAAGAGCGCAUAAGACAUGGGCAUUACUGACAAAAAAUAAAAUGGUAAAUAAAAAAUACAUAUUAGCGUGUCCUAAUACGUGUCCGGAUACGCAAUAGUCGUGACUACAAGAGGGGCAUGUUUGAGCUUAAGUUGUUAUUGGUUGUAGGGUUUAAGAAAGAAAACUGGUGUUAGUGUGCAGAGUAUUCAGGUAAUCGAGUGAAAUUUAUUACUAUAUGUAUUUUAUUCUUCUUAAUAUUCGGUCUGUAAUUUUGUGUUUAUUACAAAAUGUAAGAAAAAUAAUGAUGAUAUGGUGAUGGCCUACUCGAGAUCGUCUGUGACAAUCAGCAACAGAAUGAUGAAAUCAGAAACGUUUUGACCUUCAUUAAAAGUCGUGAUUUCAACUUUCACGGAUAUAUUUUUUCCCAGCUUCUGAGAGAAUCAUCUGGACAUCUGACUAAUAGUAAGUCCAAACAUUGCAGUAUUCGGUGUCUGUACCACUACACAUUCCAAACACCUAAAAGAGAGAGGAAAAAUAACAUAAAUCAUACAAAUGACAUAAUCCAUUUGCUAUUACAACAUUAAUUCUGAAACGCUUAUACCACUAAAAAAAUACGGCUAAUAGUAGAGUACUUGAACACAUCACUCUCCCUCACAGUAGAGUCCGUCGCGGGCCCCCCUCCCCUAUACCCCGCCCCCUCCCUCCCCUAGAGGGCGAAAGGGGAGGGGGGUAAGGGGGAGGACUCACGGCUCCGAGAACUAUUGUGGUGGAUAGAGAGUGACAUUUGAGAUGGUCUUCCUCGCCAAACGAUUUGUUCAAAUUUUCCAUGUGACCGGUAAUGGUAAUUGUGUCGCCGGAGACUUUUUAUCUCUGGGAGAGAUUUUCUUUUCCUUUUUUAUGUCGCUCUUUCUCGUUCAUAAAGCGCCACAGGGUCAGUGCUUACA